AGAGAGAGAGAGAGAGAGAGAGAGAGAGAGGACGGAUGGACGGAUGGUGACAAACAUGCUAGAGACCUUUCACGUUUUUCUGCUCUCAUCACGAGGGAAGAUGCCUCACAGUUCCAGAGUGAUGUAACCAUGUGGAGCAGGCUCCAUUGGGAACAGGGACAGUAGAGUUCCUGAUAUUGUGGAAGAGGUUUUCUCUUGAUGAAUUACUUUCCAUCCUCACUGAGAUUGGAGUUUAGAGAGAAAGUAUGCUGGCCUGAUCACUGCAGAUCCUUCCAGAAAGGUGGGCCGGGGGUCAGCUGAGGUGGGCAAAUGGAGGGUGAGACUCUCCUGCCCCUCCUGGUGGUCAUACUGGGCUUGAGGUUAUUUCAGGUGGCUGGAGCCAAUGACGACCACUCUGAACACACUCACCAGGUCAGCACAGCGCAGUGCGGUGAGUACAGUAACCAAGUGAUGGAGGAUGGUAUGUGCAGGCUUGUGGCCACGCUUCCCCAGCUGGAUGACCAGCGCUGCCCAGACAUGUUCCGCUGCACAGAUGAGGUGUCCUACUGGCUUCAUGAGAAUGAGGAGCGUAAGCAGCAGAUUCUGGCUCUGCGAGAGACUGUAUCCGAGCUGCAGGAGGAACUCCGCAAUCACCGUCAUCGGGUCAAAGUCCUUGAGCUACAAAGUGAAGAGAAAUCUCGUCUGAACUCAACCCUGGAGCAGCGCUUCCAUGAGCUAGAGGAGCAUUAUGCAGAGGCCACCACACUACUCCACAUUCAAGGUUCACUAGUCUAUGACCUUCAGGCUCAGAUCCAGAACCUGUCCAUGCUGGUGGAGAAGGUCCGCCGCAACCCUGGUUGCAUGAUCAACAUUGUACGCACAAGCCCCCUGCUAAGUGCCCAGCAGGCCCUGCACCCAGAAGUGCAGCAUGUCCGAAACUGUCCCAUAGACUGUGCUUCCAUCUACUACAACGGUGUGCGGCACUCUGGGAUCUACACUGUAGUGCCAUCAUUAGGGGCCAUGCCUGUGGAGGUCUACUGUGACAUGGACACUGAUGGUGGUGGUUGGACAGUGAUCCAGCGUCGACAGGAUGGCUCAGUGAACUUUGAUCGUGGCUGGAAAGAGUACAAAGAUGGCUUUGGGGACCUGCACACUGAGUACUGGCUGGGAAAUGAGCACAUUCAUGACCUGUCGAGUCAGGGAGACUACGCACUACGUAUAGACCUGGAGGACUGGAGCGGCAAACACAAAUACGCUCUUUACCAGAGCUUCAGUGUUGAGGAUGAGGCGACCCAGUACAGGCUUCAUGUCUCUGGCUUCAGUGGAACAGUGGAGGAUUCUUUUAGCUGGUACCAUGACAAGCAGAGCUUCAGCACCCCAGACACGGGCAACAUCUGUGCAGAAAUCUCUCAUGCUGGUUGGUGGUACAAUCAGUGCUUCUAUGCCAACUUAAAUGGCAUCUACCACAAGGGUGGACGCUACUCUCCGAAAGGGAAAAGCGCUCUCGGGCCCAAUGGGAUUGUGUGGUUCACCUGGAAAGAUUCAGACUAUUAUUCCCUGCGCAAAGUGAGCAUGAUGAUCCGCCCUCGAACAUUCCGGCCACACUUGUCUCCCUGA